CAACUGUCACUGUUUUACGCCGAAGUGAACGAAAAAAUAAAAUUUUAGCGAAAAAUACACAAAAAGGACAAAAAGUGAAUUUAUUUAGAAAGUCAUACUUAUUUGAAAGAAAAUCAAAAUGCUACGUAAUUCUGUUAAAUUAUUUCAAAGAGCCAGUUGCUGUAGGCGCAUCUGCGCUGCAUCAUUAUUUAAAUACGACGAUAAAAGGCUAUUUAGUGGACUGCACAAGAAUAAUACUAGACUAAAUGCGCAUACAUCGCCGCUCUACGCAUGCCAAUGUCGGAGCAUGUUUAUUCAGACUCAAGACACGCCGAAUCCCAAUAGCUUGAAGUUCUUACCGGGAACGAAGGUAUUGGAGGCCGGGCAGACAAUGGAUUUCCCUAAUAUUGGUGCAGCACAGUGUAGUCCAUUAGCCAAAAUGAUAUUCAGAAUAGAAGGUGUAAAAGCUGUGUUCUUCGGACCUGAAUUUGUAACGGUUACAAAACAAGACGAUGAUGUUGAAUGGAGAAUACUGAAACCGGAGAUCUUUGCUACCAUCAUGGACUUCUUCGCUAGCGGAUUGCCUGUAGUCACUGAUGCUAAGCCGUCUGGUGAAACACAAAUAAAUGAAGAUGACGAUGAAAUUGUCCAGAUGAUCAAAGAACUGCUGGAUACACGCAUCAGGCCUACAGUCCAGGAAGAUGGUGGAGAUGUCCUGUUCGUUGACUUCAAAGACGGAGUGCUGACACUGAAAAUGCAGGGUUCCUGUUCAUCUUGCCCUAGCUCUAUUGUAACAUUGAAAAAUGGGGUACAAAACAUGAUGCAGUUCUACAUCCCUGAAGUUCUAUCUGUAGAACAAAUAGACGACGAAGGCGAUAAACUAAGCGAGAAAGUCUUCAAAGAGUUCGAGCAAUUAAAAUCCAAAGAGAAAAGUGAUUAGAGAGGUAUAGAAUCAAAGCUGUAAGUAGUUUGUAAAUAAUGCACUGGAAUUACUUUAAAUAUGUGAUAGUGUUGUUUGUUAAGUAAUUAAAAUGAUUUAUCAAUUAAAAAUGUUACUUUGAA